UGGAUACCGUCCUAAUAACAUGCACCGACCUCCAAUACCCACUACUACCGCACAGCGACCCACCUCCGGGACAACCCCUAGUUAUCCUAUAUACCACGAGCAGCAAGUGUCAGCGGGAGAAGCAGAUACACACAAUUCAUACAUUCCCCCCUCCCACAAGUCACAGGAGGGAAGCUAUGCAACAAGUCAACACAAUACUCAAUCGAUGUCCUACCAGCAUCCCUCAGUGUCAACAUAUAGCACCGUAGCGACCACCACAACGACAACAGCGACGCCUAUCGUGAACCUUUACCCUCGUGUUGCAGAACAAGAGCCAAAUUACGCUGUCCCACAACAAGAAGCUACCCAGGGUUUGCCUUAUGAGUGGAUCUCCCCUUGGACGCUGUCAACCACUACCCCAUUUCCGCCGACAUAUGGGACGACCUAUUACCAGUCAACGCCGUCAUCCACCUACUCUCAGCCUGUAGAGUCCACAACCCGUCCUGCGCCUCCUCCCGUUACCAUGACUACCACGCCAGCUCCUAGUUAUUGGGACAACAGCGGUCCUGAUUUUGCCGGUUUACCCAAUCAUCCACCGACAAGCUUAAAAACACACGAAGAAGGCAGCGGGUACAGUACAAACGGUCAAAAACACAGGCCAUAUGUUUCUCCAGUAGUUCAUGAAAAUUCUGGUAUUUAUGCGCAGAGACCGUCCACAGAACCACCGAUGAAGCUCCACGAGCCACGUUACGUCUAUUACCCUAAGAGGCCAAGGUCCAGAAAGGAAUUAGUGCGUGACCCUAGAACCGGCCUGCUUAAUUCACCCCCUGAAUAUCGCCCUCGACCCAAACCUAUUGUCAUGACAACAACCAUAGCUCCUCCGUUGUCAAGGAGACUGCCAUAUGGCGCCCCCUAUGGACAAGCCCGGAUGGAUCCGGUGUCGGAGUACAGGGCGCAGAAUCCUAUAGGCAGAAACGCUGCUAUGAUGGGGAUCCUGAUGCCGGAUGCGUAUGAGCAUUUCCAUGGUAACAGCUUGGAGUAUGGAUCAUAUCAGGACGUGCGUCCAAGGCAGUAUACAGGUGGGCAUGACGGGCCAGACCAUGCCUCGUGGGAAGUGGUGAACAACGUGGGGAAAUGCAGACAUAUAGCCGGAGCCUGCUACCUUCGAGACCCAGGUCUCUACCCACACCCUAAUAGACGCUGUUUCAUCCAGUGUGACUAUGCAGGGGGUAGUCACGUGCAGGAAUGUCCCCCGGGGACACUGUGGGGUGGCACCUCCACGAGACCCGCAGGGUACAACAUGUGUACCGCCAAGGCAAGGGCUCACGGAGCUUAUUGAAAACAAUCUACUCGUAUUUAUUUAGUGACCUUGAUCUUGACCUUGACCAACAAGUCGCUGAAUCGUUUCUUUUCACAGGAACAUAAAUAAACAAAUAAAUUUUAAUGUAUCAAUUAAGCAACGACACGACUGAUAUCCAUUCGGGUUAAAUAAUGAUCUCUCUGCCCCA